AUGUUUACUGCCUCAAGGAGUAUAAUUAAGAACUCGACUCGGAUUAUACCUCGAACAAAUUCUUUAUUGACCAGAAAUAGAAUACCAACUUAUAAUAACUAUAAACAAGCAAUGAAUUUGAUGACAAUUUCCCAAUCUUUGGAUGAAUCAUAUACCAAGCAUAAGAUCAUUCCUGAUGUGGUUGAUAAGUUUGACACUCAAGGUUUGUUGACAAUUGAGUACAAUGAACAAGACCAUGUUGCGUUAGGAAAUACCUUAAAAGUGGAAAAUACUCAGCACCACCCUGUUAUUCAGUUUACCCUUAAUUCUCCAGGCCAAGAGAAUGACUUUGAAAUUUCGAAUAAUGAUAAAUUCACGUUGGUUUUGACCGAUCCAGAUGCACCAUCUCAUAAGGACCAUAAGUGGUCUGAAUAUGCUCAUUGGAUUGUUACCGAUUUACCAUUGAAUGCUAAUAGUAACGACGUUGAGUCUGCAGAAUCCUUGACUACUGUUUUGGAUUACUCAAAGGGUAAAGAACUCUUGUCUUACCAAGGUCCAGCACCACCACCUAAGACCGGUAAGCAUCGUUAUGUAUUUUUAUUAUUUAGACAGGAUCCAUCGGUAUCUAAGUUUGAGACUCCAAAAGAUAGACCUAACUGGGGCACUGGUACUCCAAGUUCAGGUGUCAGAGAUUGGAUAAAGAAGAAUGGGCCCGAACUGAAGUUAUUGGGGGUCAAUUUCUUCUACGCACAAAAUGAUACUCAAGAAUAA